AUGCCCAGGACCGAACUGACCAUCCGCAAGAGAGCCAAGCACACGCGCUCGAAUCUGGGCUGCGGCGUCUGCAGAAUCCGACGAGUGCGAUGCGACCGCACACAUCCCGUUUGCCAUCGCUGCUCGAGCACCGGCCGCGUGUGCGACGGGUAUCCUACCCAGCAGCCAGCGUCGACACCAUCUCCGCGAGCUUCCAACGAGAGGAGCGGCCUCCCGCUCGCCCCCAGGGUCGAUUCCUCUCUCCAGUCCAGCUUCCCGGAAUCGCUUAGUGAUGAGGAGACCAGGGCUUUCCACCACUUCCGGCAGAGCACCGCCGCCGAUCUCGCGGGUGAGUUUGCGACCGACUUCUGGGGCCGCUUGGUGCUUCAAUUCGGUCAUCGGGAACCAUGUGUCCGCCAUCUGACCAUCGCGAUCUCGUCGUUGCACGCUAGUCUCGUCAACGAUGGCUUCGCUACCUCGCUCUAUCCCAUUCUACCUGUGGAGGAUCUCAGACGUCGAGCCGUUGCUCAGUACACCAAGGCGCUGCACCUCUUCAACCAGCACAUCGUCUCCAAGCAGGGCUCCUCGUUCGACGUGACCAUGCUCUGCUCCCUGCUGUGCAUGACCUUCGAGUGGCUGCGGACAAACCACAAUGCCGCCCUUGUCCACCUGCGCAGCAUUCUCCGGUUGGUGCGUGAAUGGCACGAGACCAGCACCGGCUCGACAGGGCGCAGCACCGGGAACCAGACCUCGUACUGGUCGCCCAGCGGCCAUCUGAUCCGAUCGACGCUCUUCCCCAUGCUGAGGCGGACAAUGAUGGAGGUGCGGUCGAUUGUUAAUAACGCCGACGACAUGGUGUUUCCUGCCAUUGAGUCAGAAACGUCAGACCCGGACACCUUCAGCAACGUGGUCGAGGCGAGAGACAGCCUCUUCGUCAUUCUGGGAGAUCUGUACGACCUGUUUAUCACCGUGGGUCCUGCGAAGCCCAAGAUUAGGCCGCGCCAACCGUCGGGGCAGAAGAGCCUCACUCCUCAAGCAAGAUGGGAUCUCUGGUCGACCCGAUUGAAGAAUUUCCUGGCGCAAAACCCAACACAGCAUAGCCUGGCCGCGUCGCUGACGCUGCAGAUCUGGCAAAAAACCACAGGGAUCAUGUUGGCCGUCAAAGAUGUCCAACAGGAGGUAGUGUUCGACAUAUUCACGGAUACGUUUGAGACCAUCGUCGACCUCUCCACCCAGCUGUACUCGCUCCCGAGGUCCGGUCUCUCGGCAGACAUGUCCAUCGUGGCCGUGUUAUACUUCACCGCCACCAAGUGUCGCCAUCCGGUCAUUCGGAGGAGAGCGCUCGGGCUGUUGACGGCCGCGCCGCGCAGAGAGGGGAUCUGGCAGAGCGAGGGGGCGGCCAAGGUCGCGGCGGAGAUUAUGGAGAUCGAGGAAGGGCUUUUCGCUGGGGAGGUAACGAAAGAGACGGACUUGGAAGAGAGUGCGAGGGUGAAGCAGGCAGUGGUAGACCUGGGGGGCGAAGACACCACAUGGACGAUUGGCAUGAUUAUGAGCGGCGGUGGGACAUGGCACCGGGGUCUGCACCCUCCGUUUGGGCUGCAAAAAUAA